ACCAUCUUGUGCCGAAAUCCAGGCAUUGCAAGGCGUAAAUAACAGCGGCAUCUACACCAUCGACCUCACUUCGUCUGGGUCGAUAGACGUCUACUGCGACAUGGUCACUAGCGGAGGGGGCUGGACUGUCAUUCAGAGACGUAUGGACGGCUCGGUGGAUUUCUACCGAGGCUGGGAAGAGUACAAACGGGGGUUUGGUAACAAGGAGGGUGAGUUCUGGCUGGGGCUGGAUAAUAUCCACUCUAUGACGUCAACGAGGCGGUACCGUGUGCGCUUUGACAUGGAAGACUUCGAAGGGAACACCUGCUACGCCGAGUACGAUGACUUUAGGGUUGAUGAUGAGGCGGCAAAGUACCGCCUUGCUGCACUUGGGAUCUUUUCAGGUGAUGCAGGGAACAGCUUUAAUUCACUCGUGGGCCAACCGUUUAGCACAAAAGAUCACGAUAAUGAUAAUAGGAAUUUCAACUGUGCACAAGAAUGCCAAGGCGGCUGGUGGUACAAAAAAUGCCAUAACUGUAACCCGAAUGGGCUUUACCUUAAAGGUCAAUACAGUCUCCUAGCACGUGAUGGACAAGGCAUUGUAUGGAAAACCUGGCUUGGUAUCAAUUAUUCACUCAAGCGAAUGGAGAUUAAACUUAGGCCCUAUUAGGACUUAUAGGAGUACUACGCUUGACCAUAUGAACUCACUCAAGUGAACGGAGAUAAAACUUAGGCCCUAUUAGGACUUAUGUAAGCACUGACCAUGUGAAUUCACUCAAGCAAAUGGAUAUAAAACUUAGGCCCUCCAUAUGGACUCACUGAAGCGAAUGAAUGUUAAACUUAGGCUCUAUUAGGACAUACGGGAGCACUGACUUGAUCAUGUGAACACACUCAAGUAAGUGGAUGUCAAACAUCGGCCUCCUAGGACUUAUGGAAAAACUUACUUGACCAUGUGAACAUAUGGGAGCACUGACUUGGCCAUAUGAACUUCUUAAAUUCUUAAGUGAACAGAGAUCAAACUUAGGCCCUAUUAGGACCUAUGGGGCACUGAAUUGAUCAUGUGAACACACUCAAGCAAGAGGAUGUGAAACUUAGGCCCUAUUAGGACUUACAAAGGCUUGGCCAUAUGAACUUACUCAAGCAAAUGGAUAUAAAACUUAGGCCCUAUUAGGACUUAUGGAAGCACUGAUUUGACCAUGUGAACCAGGGGUGUAGCCAGGGGGGUGGCCCAGGGGGCCUGGGCCCCUCUUCUAGCAGCCAAAAAUACAGUAAAUGUAUGAGACAUUAUCUAAAAUACAGGAGAAAAUGUCUUGAAAGGACCUUUUGGGUCCCCUCCUGUUAAAAAUCCUGGCCACGCCGCUGUGAACUCACUCGAGCAAGUGGAUGUCAAACGUCGGCCCUAUUAGGACUUAUGGAAGCACUGACUUGACCAUGUGAACUCUAUCAAGCAAAUGGAUGUCAAACUUAGGCCCUAUUAAGACUUAUGGAAGCACUGACUUGGCCAUGUGAACUCUCUCAAGAAAAUGGAUGUCAAACUUAGGCCCUAUUAGAACUAAUGGAAGCACUGGCUUGACCAUGUGAACUCUAUCAAGCAAAUGGAUGUCAAACUUAGGCCCUAUUAAGACUUAUGGAAGCACUGACUUGGCCAUGUGAACUCUCUCAAGAAAAUGGAUGUCAAACUUAGGCCCUAUUAGAACUAAUGGAAGCACUGGCUUGACCAUGUGAUCCCCCUCAAGCAAAUGGAUGUCAAACUUAGGCCCUAUUAGGACUUACAGAGGCUUGGUGGUACAAAAAUGCCAUAAGUGUAACCCGAAUGGGCUUUACCUUAAAGGUCAAUAGAGUCUCCUAACACGUAAUGGAGGACAAGGCAUUGUAUGGAAAACCUGGCUUGGUACCAAUUACUCACUCAAGCAAAUGGAGAUCAAACUUGCAUAGGCCCUAUCAGGACUUAUGGGAGCACUGACUUGACCAAAUGAACUCACUCAAGCAAAUGGAUGUCAAACUUAGGCCCUAUUAGAACUAAUGGAAGCACUGACUUGACCAUAUGAACUUACUCAAAUAAACGGAGUUCAAACUUAGGCCCUAUUAGGACUUAUGGAAGCACUGACUUGACCAUAUGAACUUACUCAAAUGAACGGAGUUCAAACUUAGGCCCUAUUAGGACUUAUGGGAGCACUGACUUGACCAUAUGAACUCACUCAAGCAAAUGAUUGGGAACUUGGGAAUGGAUGCCAAACUAAGCCCCUAUCGGGGCUUCUGGGGGCACUGCUGGCUUGGCCAUAUGUACUCACUCAAGCAAAUAGAUAUCAGACUUCGGUUCUAUUAAGCUAUGGUUACAUAAUGGUAAGCCAGGUCACAAGCUUUUGCUUACAAAAAUGAAAAAUGGUCUCUAGGAAGACACAACAUUUUUGGCGCACCCACCCUCUAGUACAUCUGCCCCAUCAGCUGUUUUAUAAAUGUUAAUAUGCACAUAUUUAGUUGCUCCUUAAACACAAGGUUCCCGGGCUCAAGAACAAUCAGUUAUCAAUCAGCCGUCAAUGAGUAAACAUGUCAGGUAAAAUGGCUCUGGGCUCUAAAUUCAAAUUUCAUAUUCUAAACCAAAAUUAAGAUCAUUCCUAGAGUUGUCCAUCUAAAAAAGUGUCUAUCUAUCAUAAAAUAAUGCUAUACCAAGCUGUGUGCGCUCUAAAAUACAAGCAUUUUCAUCACAGCACAAGAAUAAUUUAUGCAGAUGCAAUAGAUUAUGGGUAGCGCAAAAUUUUAAAUUGGAAAGCACCACUAAGUUAUCAAUCUCUUAUUAUAACAACUGUAUUGUUACCUGUGCAGAAAUAGUUUUAUUCCAGCCGACUUAAGCUCAAUAAUAAGUACUUUUACAUGAGACUUUUAUAGCGGAACCUAGUGUUUAAAAAGGUACUCUCGAAAGAAUAACAGACAACAGCACUAGAAAAACUAGCAUAACAAACUAGCCAAGGAUAGAUUAGUCAGUAAAUACUGUAAGCAUGAAUUAUCAGUUAUUAAGAUCACUUUAGUAAAAAGGAAACAUGCUAGUCCGAUUUGAGUUGUAUUUGUAUGGAAAAGGUACAUUUUCAGUCAUUUCUCUGAGCCAGGAGACUUUGCAACCUUGAGCUUUAAGUGAACUUGAACCUGAAUUAUUGAAACUCAAGAGUGCAGAGCAUUGUAAGCACAAGAUUUACUUGUUACUAGCAAGCCUACUUUAAAAAGGGCAUUUAAAGGUUGUAGAGGUGGUAAAUAAGCAGGACCAGUAUUUUGUAUUGUAAAGGCAUGCCUCAUAACUUUAUAAGCUUCACUCACGGUUUAACUUUAAAAAUAUAUAUAUAUACGUACUUGAUUAAAAACAGUACUUAAAAAUGAA